GAACUUAAACCUUGAGAUCAUGACCAAAGCUGAAGUCAGAUGCUUAACCAACUGAGCCACCCAGAGCAGCAUCUCAGACACGUCGAAAAGGAUGUUUUGAUCCCUAAAAUAAUGAGAGAGAAAGCCCGAGAGAGAUGUUCUGAACAAGUUCAAGAUUUUACCAAAUGUUGCAAGGCCUCUGGAGUCCUGAUGGUAGUAAAAUGCCGGAAAGAAAAUUCUGCAUUGAAAGAAUGUCUAACUGCUCAUUAUAAUGACCCGGCCUUUUAUGAAGAAUGCAAAAUGGAAUACCUGAAGGAAAGGGAAGAAUUCAGAAAAACUGGAAUUCCUACCAAGAAAAGGCUACAGAAGCUUCCCACGAGCAUGUAGGCAAAUACGCAGAGAUACUUGAAGGCUCUCGUAUUCAUGGAAAUCAUUAUUACCAGAAACAGUGGACUCCAGUGUUUGCUUUACCCCAAAUUAUGGAAAUACUAACUUGAUCUGAAAUAAAGGUUUUAAAAAAUGU